AUGGGCAUUUUUUAUUUUCACAUAGUCCUUGCUUAUUUUAUGCAGAUCACAUUUAAGCAGAUUUUGGCAGCUGAUCCCGAUCACUGUCCAGGUCAACGAAUCAAGUGUUAUAGUUGCAGUUCUGUGCAAGACAGCCAUUGUAAUGAUCCAUUUCCCAAGCAACCACAACAGACAAAAUCAUUUCCAUUGGUUGACUGCAAUGAUUAUUGCUUUAAAUGGGCUUUUCAAAGUCCAGAUGGGCAAAAACAUCUAAUACGUAAUUGUUCAACAAAUUUAAAUAUUAAAAUGGAAAAGUAUUUAGUGUGUAUUGCUGAAUCAAGAUCAUCAGUCGGGUAUCUUUGUUUCUGUAAUAAAGAUGGAUGUAAUUCAAGUAGUCGAAUAAAACAGUCCUAUUAUUAUUAUGUACCUUAUAUACUGCUUACACUUCUGAUUAAUUCACUAUAUCAAUUUAAACAUGUAUUAUUAUUGCUAUGUUAAUCAAUAAUGAUGAAAUCACAUUCAUAACGACAACCGGAUCAGUAUUAUAUACAUACUACUGUGUUUACCAAAGAUAAGAUUUGCAGAUAUGAAAAGUGUUCAGUGCAUACGAAUUUCUAAAUAACACCAGAAUUACAGUCCAUUGAGUGCAUUUAAGUAGUAAAAACCUGAUCAUACAUAGUUAAUCAGUACAGAAUAUUCUUCCCAAUUAAUAUACACACAUAUAUAUAUAUCUUUUGUUAUAGACCG